AUGUCUCUGCCUCUGAAUAAUCAUCUUCAUUCUGGUCAUCAGAGAACAGAUACAGAAUCAACUUACGAAUUAUUGCCUCUUACCGAAACUUCAUCAGCUUCACCCGGUGAAAAACAAAGUAGAAGGACCAAUAUGGAUAAUUAUCAGAACCAUGUUAAGAAAUCUAGGCAUGCUUUACCUACUAGGUUGGAGAAGCUGUAUAUGGCUGUGGCUGCCUUCGAAGCCGUGGUGAUCACUUCUAUAGCAUUCGCGGUCUUCGGUCUCGUACAGGCCAAUAUAAAAUCGCAGAAUGCAAAAGUACGAACGGUACCGGUAUACUUGGCUGUGUUUAUAAUGGCUCAAAUCUUCUCGUUAUUGUACAUCUUCGAUGCAUUACGAGCCAGAAAUAUCGUUCAGCUCAUCAUGCACCUGUUCUUCAACCUCUGCAUGUUGAUCUACUCAAUCCUGCAAAUACCUCAAACUAAGAAUGCCUUAAGCAACGAUAACGCUCCGGGUGCAUGCGGUUCUUUCGAAAGAUGCACAGGUCCAGACUCAUUAUUCAACCUUCUACAAAAACUCAUGAUUGUCCCUCCCAUAAUCUUCGGGUUAUGUACGAUCGUAUUUUGUGUAUUAAUCAAGUUCAUCCAUAAGGUUUGGGGUUGGAGUGUAUUUAGAUUAGUCGGCGCUCAGCCGGAGCUGAAACGUGCUCAUCGUCACUACCAGACGAUGAUCAGUUUAUUGAAGAUGUUGUUGUUUUUCGGUCUCGCUUUCUGUACCGCUAUGCUUAUUUUGGCUUCAGCAUGGAGUGCCAAACGAGCUGAAUUCAUCAUCACGAUCGUAGCUUUCCCACUCGUGAUAUUGUUCAUGCUUGGCUGCGGAUGGGCGCUAAGGAAAGAAAAUAAACCGAUGAUGGCAGCUUGUCUCGUAUUGAUGGUAGCUGGAAUCGCAUAUUUCAUCUACAAACUUGCUACCUUGUGGCUACCUCGUACAGAAGGUCUGUACAGUAACACCAAAAUCACUAUGGCCAUUUUCUCGAUAUUCUCAAUCAUCAUCCUUCUCGCCACAUUCAUCCUCUCUUUACUGUGCAUCAACGAUUUCGGUAAAGGUUUGAUCGACGCUCAUCGAAAUCCCGAGAAUCGAACUAGUUUAUGGAGUUUACCUGCCAAUGCUCGUUUCGAGAAGAGAAUGGAGGAUGCUGAGAAAUACGGUAAGAGCGAGGGUGGACAUACGCCUAUGAUCGGUGGUGAAGAGGGCGGGAGGAACGAGCGACUCGUAAUUGAAUAG